CGGAGGGGCGCGGAGCCCGGCGGCUCGGGGCCCAGAGAGCGCCGCGGCCGGCAGCCCGCCGGCCCCUGACAGCCCCCUCCCCCUCAGCGGACGACGACGACGACGAGGGCGCCGGCCAUGGCGCAGCAGCGAACCGAGCGCGGGCCCUGAGCACCACCGCAUGGAGCGGGACGAACGGCCGCCUAGCGGAGGGGGAGGCGGCGGGGGCUCGGCGGGGUUCCUGGAGCCGCCCGCCGCGCUCCCUCCGCCGCCGCGCAACGGUUUUUGUCAGGAUGAAUUGGCAGAGCUUGACCCAAGCACUAUUUCUGUUCCAGAUGAUCGGGCUGAACAACGAACCUGUCUCAUUUGUGGGGACCGCGCCACAGGCUUGCACUAUGGAAUCAUCUCCUGUGAGGGGUGCAAAGGGUUUUUCAAGCGGAGCAUUUGCAACAAGCGGGUAUAUCGGUGCAGUCGUGACAAGAACUGUGUCAUGUCUCGGAAGCAGAGGAACAGGUGCCAGUACUGCCGCCUGCUCAAAUGCCUCCAGAUGGGGAUGAACCGGAAGGCAAUCAGAGAAGAUGGCAUGCCUGGAGGCCGGAAUAAGAGCAUUGGGCCAGUCCAGAUAUCAGAGGAAGAGAUCGAAAGGAUUAUGUCUGGGCAGGAAUUUGAGGAAGAGGCCACUCACUGGAGCAACCAUGGUGACAGCGACCACAGUUCCCCUGGGAACAGGGCUUCAGAGAGCAACCAGCCCUCACCAGGCUCCACACUGUCCUCCAGGUCUGUGGAACUAAAUGGAUUCAUGGCAUUCAGGGAUCAAUAUAUGGGAAUGUCUGUGCCUCCACACUAUCAAUAUAUACCGCACCUUUUUAGCUAUUCUGCCCACUCUCCACUUCUGCCCCCACAAGCUCGCAGCCUGGAUCCCCAGUCAUAUAGUCUGAUUCAUCAGCUGGUGUCAGCCGAGGACCUGGAGCCAUUGGGCACGCCCAUGUUGAUUGAAGAUGGAUAUGCUGUGACUCAAGCAGAGCUAUUUGCCCUGCUUUGCCGCCUGGCUGACGAGCUGCUUUUUAGGCAGAUUGCCUGGAUCAAGAAACUGCCUUUCUUCUGCGAGCUCUCAAUCAAGGAUUACACGUGCCUCCUGAGCUCUACGUGGCAGGAAUUAAUCCUGCUGUCCUCCCUCACUGUUUACAGCAAGCAGAUCUUCGGGGAGCUGGCUGAUGUCACCGCCAAGUACUCACCCUCUGAUGAAGAACUACAUAGAUUUAGUGAUGAAGGGAUGGAGGUGAUUGAGCGGCUCAUCUACCUGUAUCACAAGUUCCAUCAGCUAAAAGUGAGCAAUGAGGAGUAUGCUUGCAUGAAAGCAAUUAACUUCCUAAAUCAAGAUAUCAGGGGUCUGACCAGUGCCUCGCAGCUGGAACAAUUGAACAAACGAUAUUGGUACAUUUGCCAGGAUUUCACUGAAUAUAAAUAUACACAUCAGCCGAACCGUUUUCCUGACCUCAUGAUGUGCUUACCUGAGAUUCGCUAUAUUGCAGGAAAGAUGGUGAAUGUACCCCUGGAGCAGCUGCCCCUCCUCGAAAGUGGUAUUAGGAGGUUUACUAAGCAAAGUGGGUAUGGCCUGGACCCCUUGUUCUUUCACUACCUGCCCCACCUAGUCCUGGGAAAUGUUCCUUACCCUCUUGGCUUUGGCCAGCAGUCACACAAGGGUAAAGUGACUGUGUUGCGUCGCAAACUCAGGUAUUAUGAGAGGAAGGGCGGGGAGGAGGAGGAGGACGGACGGACAGGGCCAGCCUACUGUCCGCCUGCCGCCAGCCGUGGCGUGAAGGAGCUCCCGUGUGCCCACGGUCGCCACUGCCCCACCUGGGCUGCUGGAGCUUCCGCUAGGACCCCUGGUGCCCAGUGUCCACCCUCAUCCAGCGUGAGAGCUCGCCUUCCGCUCCAGAAGCGAAGUGACCUGCCAGGGCUUGCAUCCGCAAGUCGGCCGCAGAUUCUGCCCUUCAUUCCGCUGAGUGAGCGAGAUGGGACGUGGUGUGCGCGGGGUCUCGGGGCCUCGGCUCGCAGGACCAAGGCGCCAGCUCCAACCAAAGCCAGAGGCCUCGGGGUAGAGGCCCAGACGAAGCUGACCGCACCCAAGGGUCCGAGCCUUCAGCCUUCAGAUCUGAGCCUUUCGGUCGCUGCGUCGCUGCGAAUGCAUAAUUGUGGUAUUUCCCGGCUUGAAGAUCGUGGCUUUUUGGCUUUGCUGUUCUCAACACUCUCUCGGGCCCUAGGCGCCCCGAGGGGCAGCGGCAGGAGCAGGGUGCGAGCAGGCGCCUUCCUCUCUCGGGUCUCAAUUUUUUCAUUUGAAAAAUGA